AUGUAUUUCAGACGGAGUAUAAGAUCAUCACUCAGUUUGCGGAUUUCCGAUUGCCGAUUUCCCCUCCACACUUCUUCACCAGAACUCCAUAGCUGCAAUUUCUCUCCCACCUUCAAUACCGACAGUCUCACCUUCUCCGAUCUCCAGAUGUCUCGAAGGUACGACAGCCGAACAACAAUCUUCUCCCCGGAGGGCCGCCUGUACCAAGUGGAAUACGCGAUGGAAGCGAUCGGAAACGCGGGGUCCGCCAUCGGAAUCCUGUCAAAAGACGGAGUCGUCCUCGUGGGAGAAAAAAAAGUGACCUCAAAACUCCUCCAAACCUCCACCUCGACCGAGAAAAUGUACAAAAUCGACGACCACGUGGCGUGCGCGGUGGCUGGAAUAAUGUCGGACGCCAACAUCCUGAUCAACACCGCCCGUGUUGCCGCCCAACGCUACACCUUCUCCUACCAAACACCAAUGCCAGUGGAACAGCUCGUCCAAUCACUAUGCGACACCAAACAAGGCUACACUCAGUUUGGCGGGCUCCGCCCAUUCGGGGUGUCGUUUUUGUUCGCAGGGUGGGAUAAGAACUACGGGUUUCAGCUUUAUAUGAGUGACCCUAGCGGGAACUAUGGUGGCUGGAAGGCGGCGGCGGUUGGGGCGAAUAAUCAGGCGGCUCAGUCCAUGUUGAAGCAGGAUUAUAAGGAGGAGAUUAGCAGGGAGGAGGCGGUACAGCUGGCACUUAAGGUGUUGAGUAAGACGAUGGAUAGUACGAGUUUGACGGCGGAGAAGUUGGAGUUGGCGGAGGUGUUUUUGGAUGGUGGGAAGGUGAAGUAUCAGGUUUGUUCGCCGGAGAAUCUUGGGAAGAUGUUGGUUAAGUAUGGUGUCACUCAGGCUCCGGUGGAAACCUGA